UAUCCUUCUCUGGUUCAAAAAAGUGAGGUUGGAAAAUUUCAUCAAAUCUCAAAUUUUUAUUUAUUUUUUUUGCCACCAUCCACUAAAAAAAAUCCAAAUGCCAACAAAUUUAAACCCCUCCGCUCAUUUUCUGCAACCCCAUUUCUUCCCUCCGUUUAAUUGCUAAGAAAACGCAGGAAUAACAAAACAAUAAUUUUCUCAGCAACCAAACACUCCCCAACAAAUGGAAGUGGAAGUGAAAGUCAGACUCCCAGACUCAACCUCCCACCAAAAACUCUCUACACUCCUCUCCUCAUUCCACACCAAAACCCUUCUCCAAGAAAACGUCUUCUUCGAUGGCUCCGACUCCCAACUCUCCUCCAACCUCGCCGUCCUCCGCCUCCGCUUCAUCACCGCCACCGCCACCGCUCCUAACCACUGUGUCCUCUCCCUCAAGGCCCAACCCGUAAUUUCACAAGGAAUAAGCCGUGCCCAGGAGCUGGAAGAACCCAUGGACCCCACUCUCGGUCGCGCCUGUAUAGCCGAGCCAUGGCGGCUCUUGUCAGUCACUGACUCCGCCAUUGUUGAGAGAGUGAAGCAAGAGUUUGGGGUUUCUGGGUUGGUUUGCUUAGGUGGGUUUAGGAAUGUGAGGUCGGUGUAUGAUUGGCAAGGGUUAAAGAUUGAGGUAGAUGAGACUAACUUUGAUUUUGGGACGUGUUAUGAGGUGGAAUGUGAGACUGGUGAUCCUGAACGGGACAAGAAGGUGAUUGAGAAGUUUUUGGAGGAUAAUGGGAUUGGGUUUGAGUAUUCCCAGGUGUCCAAAUUUGCGGUGUUUCGUUCAGGCAAGUUGCCAUUGUAAGUCUGUCUCUAAUGUUUUGAAUUUGUUUUUGUUCUGUGAUGCAGUACUAAUGUAAUCAUAGGUCUUAGAAUUGGACAGGUUUUUGUUUGCUCUAAUGUGUGUGUUUGUUGAUAAUUGGAUAGUUACAACAGGGGGAGGUGAAAUUAAAUUUGAACCUGAAUGUUUUAGUUGAAAACAGCAGGAGGUGCCAGUUAACUUUUGAGUUUAGUUUGGUGUGUCCUACAUCAGGAAAAAAGAAGAAGAAAAUUUCCUCUUCUCUAGGUUACUUCUAGUAAUAAACAAUCAACAAAGUAUAUGUAAAGUCACUCGAAAUAAUGUUUUAGCUCAUGGAUAAUACAAUCUGCUUAAGAUAAUGCCUUGUGAAGCAGAGGUUAUUGGUGUGAAUAUUCUUAUUUCCCUUUCAUUGGGGUCAAAGUCACUAAUGUUUGAUUAAGGUUCCUAGUAGCAAGGUGGAAAUGUUAUGCAUGUGAAGAUACUGAAAAAUGAAGAGUAUUUUGCAAGCUAUUAAAUGGGAAGUAAAGUUGAGUUGUUGCAAGAGGGAGAAUUAAAAACACAGUUCUAAACAGGGCUUCAUGCUGCUGCUGGGGGAUCCCAGUUUCUGUCCUGAAGAAGACCUCUAAUUAGAGCUCAUAUGUGCAAUGCUUAUAUCUGAGUAGGGACUUGAUUUGGGAUAAUUUGUGUAGUUUAGCAUAUUGCUGAGUAUGGCAUGCUGGCUCAGUUGUAUUACUGACUUCUCUGUGGUGUUUAUGCUCAAUAAAAUUUCUGCUUACUUUAAAAAAAGGAAAAAAGAAAAAAAAGAAGAAAAAACAUCUGGUAGCUGAAAAGGGCGUGUGUAUCCAUCCUUUUUAUGUAUGUUCUUUCAGAUGCUUAAUGUAAGUUCAUAUUUUUCCCCUCC